AUGACCGCCAUCGAGGCGCGUCAGCAAGUUCAGGCGGCGAUCGACGCGCUCGUGGAGACGCCGCGGGACGUGGAAGAUGGCCUUAUUCGUAUACUCGAGCAGGUCGUGGGCCUACUGCGAUCUCCGCACCCUUAUGAUGCUGGCCAGAAAGGACGCACGUUGUCAUUUGGCAUUGAUGCUUUGCGAGCUUGGUGUGCGGCCUGGGAGGCCUUGAACGUGUCAGAUACCCAUGGCUUUGGCGGGGCGGACGUAUGGCAUGAAUUGUGUUUGCGCAUCGUGGAAAUCUUCAACUUGCCUUUGUUUUCAGGAUCGCAGCGAAUGCGCACGUUGACCAUGCGGAUGUGUGCGCGAUUUGAUACCAUGGGAUGUGCCUCACUGCCGCCUUUUGCGUCCAUGCUGUUGGAUGAGGCGAACAAGAGUGAGUGUCAGGCCCAGUUUAUGAUCCAGGAGGCUCUCCUUGCGCAUUAUGGCAUGCGCAUUUUGUCCAAGCCACCGUCCGAAUUUUACAUGCACGUUUUACAUGGCAUUCAGCAGGGUUUCGGACACAUUAGCCGGCGCUCUCACUUGGCCAUCACAUUCAUGGAGCAUGCACCUAUGAAUGAUUGGCUUGAACCACUUGCUCUAGCCUUGUGCACAUCAGAAGAUCGUGGUAUCGAGCACCUGGUGGCGCAUGUGGUUCACCCAUGGCUUGAUCGAAAGCCUGAGGCACUGCAGCCUAUGCUUGAUGCCUUGAAAGAGGAACGCGUCAAAAUGUACGUACUUCAGGCGGCUAAGAUGCAUCACUUGUGUGUGGUCGAAGAGAUGGUGCCUGGCAAAGUGCGUAUCCCGAUCGAUAUGCUCCAAACCUGUCUGGUUUCGUCUUCGUCACGCAUGCGCGUCGGGGCUUUGUCGCUCUGUGUGGAAGCAAGGACACCAUCUAUGCUAUUGACGCUUCCUGAAAGACAGAUGAUCUUGCAAUUCUUCCAACACUGCUUACACUUGUCCAGUGCUGUGGCCCGAAAAGACACCAUUGCUUUGUUUGUCAAACUGCUCGUGCGUAUUCGUACCAGCUGCCAUAAGAUGAAGGAUCAGCGUGUACAAGAGAUGCAGCAUUUUGUGCAUUCAUUGUACCAGUACAUGGUGCAUGCUAUGCAUCCAGGCGCGCCGUAUCCGAGUACGAUCCUGGGUGUGUCUCUCUUGUUUCUCUUGUUCGAGGCUACCACGCCACCCAAGGAAACAUCGCCUCUCCCUCUCCUGCAUGAAAGCGUGCUACGAGAUGCUGUGCGUGCAUUGUACAAGGCCCAGAAGACAUACCCUGCCACGGCACUAGCACCUAUCGCGGCAUCUGGUCCACUCAUGCACCGGCUGUUGUAUUUGGCUACGGAAAGCACGUAUGAUGAUGUUCAAUCAACUGCUGCCUUGAUUCUUCUCCGCCGGUCUUCACAUGCCAACUCUUUUUGGGACGACCGCGAGUUUGUGUGGCAGCACAUUGUCAGCAAGAGCUGGCAGUUACUCACCGCGCCCAAAGAGUCGGAUGCGCAUGCUGGCUUGCAGUUACUCAAACUUUAUCACAAAGCAUGUGUUCCCGACAUGCACGAGUUUCUGCUGAUACGUAUGGGCGGUAAGGCAUGCGGGGACUGGACGUGCUCCCUCAUGGACGUGCAUGCCGGCCGUCUCGAGGCACAGUUGGACGAGGCCAAAGAGUCAUUCGCCCACGCUUCCCACAAGGGUAUCCAUGGCACCGUAGCAGCCUUGGCCUACCUUGCAGAAGCGGCUGACACCGUGCCUCUUCAGCGCAUGCACGACCUCAUCCAACGCGUAUGGACCCUAGUCUCGCCCUAUUUGUGUGCUGCAGCCCCGGAAAAUGCAGAGGCAGAGGAAGAAGAUCAGGUGCAUGAAUCGCCCGUAUCGCAGCGUAUAUUGUCGUUUUCAUGGCGGGCCAUGAAAGAAGUGGCCGCCUUGCAUGAAGUGUGUGCGUUGUCGCACAUGACAGAAGAUACGGUGCAGGAAGCCAGUGAUCUCUUUUUGACGUGGCUCUUGUCUAUUCGACAUCGUGGGGCCUUUAGUAUGGUGUACCCUCGGUAUCAUGGCAUGGCACGUGCGAUCUGUGAACAGGGGGGGCAUGGUCCGGAUGCUUGGCUGAAAGCAUGUAUGGAGCGCGUUGACCGAGACGCCAGUCAAUUUAGCACAACGCGACGCAGUGCUGGACUGGGCUAUGCAGUAUUAGCGCUGCUUAGUGCACAUAAAGGAAAAAAACUGAUGGAUUUGACGGCAUCGACCAUGCGCCGCCUAUUGUCCAUGGCCAUGGGUCACGAAUGCAUUCGUACGAUUCAUGCUCUCAACGUGAUGCGCGUGCUUGUCAUGGACAGCAGCAUAGCCUCGGCUAUGCGCUCGCAUCUGGGUGAGGCGCUAGCCUGUGCUGUCACAUCGUUUCGCUCCGUGCACUGGAGUGUCAGAAAUGCGGCCAUGAUGCUGUUUUCGGCGAUAUCGACACGCUACUUUGGCACCUCCGCAUUUGGACGGCGAGCGAAUAUGCGAGGUGCCAAGCUUGAGACGCUCUGGCGCGAAAGUGAUGCACUGGCUGAUGCGCUCCAGAGCACGCUUGGUACGUGCAUGCAGGAUCAAGACGCCGAUGAGGGGCACGGAUCUGCUUUGUAUGCUGUGUUGUGUCUUUUUUCGCGCUCGGACGCGUCUAUGUGUACAGAUACGAUGCUCGAUAUGUUGUAUCGAUGCAGGCGUAGUAAGCAUGCCGCCGUACGGACCUUGGCGGCACAGUGCUGUGCGACUCUUACGCCGGCUGAGCAGCGAUACGAUACAGGCGCACGUCUGCUCCGGGAAGCUUCCACGCGUGAUCAGAAUGCCCUGGCGGGGGCCUUGGCGAUUCUUGAGCAUUGGGCUUCUCCCGUGUACAAAGAGAUGGUGCUCAGUCGCAUGGAUUUGCUGGAAGAGAACGCGUGUCCCGUCACGAUGGCAUCCUUCCUCCAGGUGGCAGAGCGUUGCGGAGCCCAAGGACACGUGCGUCCAUGGCUCUUGUCGUGGCUUGAGAAGACAAAGCCGCAAGAUCCCUUCAUGGCGUGGUUCUUGCCUGUGGCCUGUCGGAUGGUAUGGGACGCGCUGCCCAUGUCUCUUCUUCAGGGGCCAGACCGUGCCAUGAUGAUAGGCAUGCUGUCCGCUGAGCCGGAGCUUAUUGCACGUAUGCCAUGGGACCAGCACGACGUGGUCAACAUGCUGGAGGAUGUGUUGUGGGAUGCGCAGAUGCCCCUCCAGGCGCGAACACAGGCAGCACACGUACUUGAUAUGCUGCAUGCAUCGCUAGAUGCACAGGCGCUGCUCACUCUGUGCCUCUCGACUGAGCACGUACCACUGCGCGAAGCGCUUCUUCCGCUGCUGGGUCGGGCCGUGCAGCCUGAUACCCUCGAGCCAUGCUUGUGGAUAUUGGAUGCGUGUGCCAAGGAAGAGGCACCUCGAGCCUCAAGACUCGGCGUGGCUCGCGCGCUCGCCCGGAUGGAAGAGACGUCGCACGUACGCAAGGAUGUGCUGGUGAUUCGACUCCUGCAUGAUGACGAUCCUGACGUCCGUGAGGCUGCGUGUGCUCUGUGUGACACGUCUGACCGCGUCAUGAAGCGUGGUCCGGAUGCGUGUACGCAAGAUCUUUGGCAGAAGCAUCUGCACGAGCCUGCGUUCCAGGCCUACGUGUGGCAAAUGCUGGUUCCCACGACGUCCACUCGGGAGGAUGAUCCUUCGCUUUUCCCGACGGAAGCUGCGAAUCAGUACCAUGACGCCGUAUCGGAUGUAUUACGGGCUUUCCGCGUGUGCAUGACACUAGCGCCUCACCCGCAUUUGCGCGUGUGGGCGGACGAGGCACGGGGCCACUUGGAUCGCGACGUGGAUCUGGUGAGGCCGGGUGCCUACCUGAUGCACUUGCAGCGUGCAUGCCUUGUGCGUCUGGCCUGGGCGGCUGGGCUCUUGGAUGACAUGUCAUGGGUGCUGCGCGUGUGUAGGGAUCGGUUGCUGCUUCCUCCGAUGGACGAGUGGGGACUCAGCGAGGAGCCUGGGGAGCCUACGUCGCCUCCUUCUGUGGGACCUUUGCGUAUCGCACUCUUGUCCGACUUUUUCUUCCCGAAUGUGGGCGGCGUCGAGCGGCAUAUGUACAUGAUCGGCCAGCACUUGAUUCGGCGUGGUCACAAGGUCAUUGUGAUUACGCAUGCCUAUUCGCCUGAUCGCGUGGGCAUCAGGUAUUUGUCGGCUGGGAUCAAGGUGUAUUACGUCCCGUACGGCGUGUUGGUGCGACAGGAUACGUUGCCCAAUUUUUUCGGAUUGAUGCCUGUGCUGCGAAGCAUUUUGAUACGCGAGCGCAUUCAAAUCGUGCACGCACACCAAGCUCUUUCGAGCAUGGCGCAUGAAGGGCUCUUUCAUGCCAAGUGUCUCGGACUCAAAGCCGUCUUUACGGAUCAUUCGCUCUUUGGCUUUGCGGAUGUGGGCAGCAUUUUGACCAACAAGCUUCUGCGGUUCGCACUCACGGAUGUGGAUCAUGUGGUGUGUGUGAGCCAUACGGGGCGCGAAAACACGGUCCUUCGGGCUGCGUUGCAUCCUGAGAAUGUGUCCACCAUUCCGAAUGCGGUGGACGCGCAUCAACUGUACCCAGACCCGGCACCAUGUCGAGACGGUGGCAUUUGUGUGGUGGUGUUGAGUCGCCUCAUGUACCGCAAGGGCAUCGACUUGCUCUUGGAAGCCAUUCCUCCUCUAUGUGAGCAACACCCGGACGUGCGAUUCGUGAUUGGUGGCGAUGGACCCAAGUAUGUCGAGCUGGAGCAGAUGCGUGAGCGGCACAUGCUGCAGGACCGCGUCGAAUUGGUGGGCGCGGUCCGACAGCGCGAUAUUCGGGCGCAUCUUACGCGUGGGCAGCUGUUUCUCAAUACCUCCUUGACCGAGGCCUUUGGCACGACGAUCAUUGAAGCGACAUGCGCCGGUCUGUAUGUCGUCACCACGAAGGUCGGCGGGAUCCCCGAGCUUUUGCCACCGUCCAUGAUGCGUCUGGCUGAGCCGUGUGCCGAGGCGAUCGUCGAUGCCAUGUCGCACGCGAUUGAGUACAUCCGGUCUGGGAAGCACGAUGCCAUGGCACAGCAUCAGCGCGUGGCCUCUAUGUACUCCUGGGCCGAGACGACACAGCGACUAGAAACUGUCUAUGCGCGAGCGAUGGCUGCGCCGCAGCGCAGUGCCACGGAGCGUUUCCAGCGCUAUCUGGCCGUGGGCGGACCGGUCGGUGGGCCGAUCAUUUGUCUCGUCGUGGCUGCACAGAUGAUAUUGGCCCUGAUACUCGAGUGGGUGAUACCAGAUGCUUCUAUCCCGCGUGUCCCCUAG